GGUAUUGAUCAUAUUUGGACCCAUCCUGGUUACUUGAGCAAUGUGAUGAUGCUCUGAUGUCGUUACCACGAUAUUGUUAGCUAGUGUACUUCGUUAUAAGGCCAUGGCCCACGUGUACCUGGACUCAAUUCAAUGAUGUUUUGAUGUUUACAUACUCACAGCCAGUGUUACGAAUCUAAGGAACAACAAUUAUUCACUGUUAAAUAUCAAAUAUCAUGGCAGCAACGCAAGCAGCAUACGGAGUUGAGAAGAUCAUCGGCCACGACGGUAGUUCUGUCACCGAACAGGAUGUCGCCAAUUAUAGCGGAGAUACCGGAAAGGAUCAGACGAUGAAGGCAUUAUGUUGGAUGGGCAAGAAUGCAGUCGAGGUUCGCGAUGUUCCAAGACCAAAGAUCAUCGAGCCGAACGACGUUAUCCUCAAAGUCACAGGCAGCACCGUCUGCGGCAGUGACCUUCACUUAUACCACGGAACCGUCAUCCAAUUAAACAAAGGCGACAUCCUCGGCCACGAAUUCUGCGGUAUCGUCGACGAAGUCGGAUCGGCAGUGAAGAAGGUACAAAACGGCAAGAGAUACGUCGCGUCAUUCCAAAUCGCUUGCGGUGACUGCUUCUUCUGCAAACAGAAGUUAUCAUCACAAUGCGAAAAGACCAACUCUAACACCACCGAGCGCGCUAUGUAUGGCGGCCAGACAGCUGGCAUGUUCGGAUACUCCCAUUUCACCGGCGGUUUCGCUGGUGGGCAAGCCGAAUAUGUGCGCGUGCCUCUUGGCGACGUGAACCUACUCGAGAUUCCAGACAGCGUGCCUGAUGAGAAGGCUCUUUACCUUAGUGACGUGCUAGCGACAAGCUACAAUGCAGUCCACGACACCGCCGUUUACCCGGGUGACCAAGUCGCUAUUUUCGGCGCUGGUCCUAUUGGACAAAUGGCUGGUAUCUUUGCCAUUAAGGCCGGAGCUACUAAGAUCAUCUUCGUCGAUACGGAGCCCCGCCUCACAUUUAUCUUAGAUCAUUGGCCGGCUGAUCAUGCCGAUAAGCUGGAGUUGGUUGAUUAUAAGCAAUUGUCAUUCGGUGUGACAAACAAGCCGACUGUCGUGUCGAAGCUCAAGGAAUUGUGCGGUGGAAGGGGUCCUGAUGCGGCUAUUGAGUGUGCUGCGGGCGAAUAUGCGAAAGGGUGGAUGCACUGGCUCGAGAUGACGCUCGGUGCUGAAACGGACACGAGCGAGAUCGUCAACGAGAUGAUUGAAGGUGUGCGAAACUUUGGUCGAUGCGGUAUCACUGGCGUAUACGUCGGAUAUACCAACCACUUCAAUAUCGGGUCGCUCAUGGAACGAGGUAUUCGACUCAUUGGUAAUGGACAAGCCCCGGUACACAAGUACUGGGAUGAUCUCCUCAAGAUGAUCCAGGAAGGCGAACUUGAUCCGCUACAAAUGGUUUCCCAUCGUGUCCACGUCGAAGAUCUGGAUAAGGUGUAUACGAAGUUCGAGAAGCGCGCGGAUUCUAUGCAGAAGGUCUUUGUCGAGACCAAGUUCUCGUUGCCGGCGUGCGCAGGAAGUCCUCCAUUAACGAGGUAUUGAGGAAUGGAAGAAUCAAUUCUUGGAUUGGGUCGAUGGAUGUAUAAAUAUGUAAAUAUGGAUCUAGGUACUAUAUGAACUGAGUACCUUGAUGGUCUUUGAUGUAAUGCACACAUAAUCCAUCGUGAGUAUGACGAUUGGCCUUCGGCAUAGUCAGAUCACGUACCGAUCAUUUAACAUAUUCUGAAUAACAUGAAUGGGUGAAUGAAUCGCUGGAUAUAUUGGUACGUGUGGUACCUAAUAUCUGCCCCUCGGACUCCGGGACACGAUAAAUGACCGGAUAAUCGCAGCGGGGCCGGACCUAAGACUUGUCCACUUGCCGUCAACUAAAGCGGAACUAUUAUAGGCGAAAAGAUUCUAUCUCUCAUGAGGAUCGAGUUUCGGAAACUAAGCAUUAUCAUGACUAUACCUUUUCAAGAAAAACCCGCGAGCUCUUCAUGCUGUUAUACCCUUUUUGGAAAAACUCACGAGCUGUUG